UUUUAUCGGCUUCGUCGUACAAACUGUUAACGUGAAAAGUACAUUCAAUACUUUGGAAAACAAACUUUGAUUUUACCCUUAAAUCGUUAUUUGAAGCUAAAGUUAUUGAUAAAUGGAUCAAGUUAUUGAAGAAGAGGAAUUUUUGUUGUAUACUGAAUUCCUUCAAGUUGCAAGCGAAUUGGUUUCCGAUGAAGACUCUAGUGACGCCGAAGAUUUAAAUGAGCUUGAAGAGGAAAGCGAUGCCGAUCCAGACGACGACGACGACGAAACCGAUGUCAACAUAAUGCAGUGUAUCAUAAACUUGAUCGAUCUGGAAUACCUUUUACAAACUGAAAAUCCAGAAGUACGACGCAAAGGAGUGAAAAGAUGGGGUGUACACCCUUUAAAUCAAAUGCGACGCGAACAAGGCCAUUUUGACAAUCUUUUUAAAGAGAUGUUGUCUCACGACCACGAAAAGUUCUUCAAUUUCACAAGAAUGUCGCCUGAAAGAUUUGAUCAUUUGUUUGAAUUGAUUGAAAGCAAAAUUACGAAAACAUCUCCUAAUGCAAUUCCACCUAAAUGUAGACUUCUACUGACUCUACGUUUUCUUGCGACUGGCGAUUCAUUGAAGAGUCUUCAUUUCAAUUUUCGAGUAGGGAUAUCUACUGCGUACUAUAUAAUACGGGAAACUUGCGACGCUAUAUGGGAUGUUUUGCAACCAAUCUAUUUGAAAUUCCCAGAAGAGGAGGAUUGGAUCCGAAUCGAGGAACAGUUUCGCGAAAAGUUGAACCUACCGAAUUGUGUCGGUGCAUUGGAUGGAAAAUUAAUCGAAAUAUUUGCUCCUACGCACUCUGGAUCUAUAUACUUUAACUACAGCAAAUAUUUCAGUACAAAUUUGCUGGCAAUAUGCGAUGCACUCAAGAGUUUUGUCUACGUCGACAUCGGCAGCUAUGGUCAACAAACUGACGGAGGAGUUCUGUUCCACUCUACUUUCGGUAAAAGGCUUGACAUGAAAAAACUGAAUUUUCCUCCACCAUCGUUCUUACCACACACAUGCGUCGCCUUUCCAUAUUUUGUUAUCGCUGACAGUGCUUUCCCGUUAAAAGAGAACAUGUUAACUCCGUAUGCAGGUGACCAGUCGAAUUUAUCAGAUGUGCAGGCAAAUUUUAACAAAGAACAGAGCAGCGUUCGAAAGAUUAUUGAAAAUACAUUUGCGAUAUUGGUGCGACGAUGGCAAAUAUUUACAGGACCGAUUGAGAUGCAUCCAGUCAAUGUAGAUAAAAUUCUGAAGGCCACGAUCGUUUUACAUAACUACAUCAAAAGCUUUGACGACCCAGCAGCAAUCCGGUACAUGCGUGAGGAAAGAUGCACAUACUCUACAAAUGAAUCGCUUCGAAGCUUUUACGAAUCCGGACUCAAUCUUGCCGCUGCUAAUACAAGCGAAUAUGCUAGUGCUGCCAGGAAUACGUAUGCGAACUAUCUCAAGAAUGUUUUGUAAAAAGCAGUCUGAAAGUCAUCGGGAAUGUCAUGGUUUUUUUGUUUUGUUUUUUGAAGUAAUAGAUUGUGUCCAAUCUAGCUUGUAAAUCCUGUCUGGGUAUUAAUAGAGCUCUCGUUGUCAACUUCCAUUUUAUUUGCUCACUAUAUGAGUGAUGUUUUGUAAUGAGAUUCUUGGAUUUUAGUUUAUUUUUCAAUCAGACAAUGAAGUCAAGUUUGUAAUGAGAUUCUUUUAUUUUAGAUCAAUUUCUAAUCAGACAAAUGAUGUCAUGCUUGUAAUGAGAUUCUUAGAUUUUAGUUUAUUUUCCAAUCAGACAAUGAUGUCAAGUUUGUAAUGAAUGUUCGUAAAAAGAAGUCUGAAACACAUCGGGAAUGUCCACGUUUUUUUUGAAGUAAUAGAUUAUGCUCAAUCUAGCCUGUAAAUACUGUCAAGGUAUUAAUAGAGCUCUCA